CAAAAAAAAAAAAAAAGGAGGAAACUCAUUGACCACGCUCGUGUUGGUCAAGGGCAAGAGGCACGUGCCACAUCUCUUUCCCUUGAUUACAAAAUCUAGCCAUAAAAAUACCAGAAUCCCAAGCGUAGCUAGGGUUUUAGCUUCUUGCCGUCGACCCAGAUUCAAAUCGAAAGCACAGAAAAUCAAAUUAGAAGCAGCGAUGUUCCAGGGAAUGUUUAUGCGGAAACCAGACAAGGCGGUGGCCUUGAAGCAGUUGAAGGAACACGUGGCUAUGUUUGGGGUGUGGAUAGCUGUGAUUCGUGUCACUCCUUACAUUCUUCAUUACCUCUCUGGUGAAAAGGAAGAGCUCAAGCUCGAGCUCUAGAUACCUCCUCUCGUUCUUUUCAGUGGGUCUACAAGGAGAGAAUCGGAUUGGGAUGUAAAGGG